GGAGCUUUUGAGAUUUUCUGGAAACAAAAAUUCAUCUACGGCUCAAAGCCUCAAAUGCUUAAACCCUAACCACAACUUCAGAAAGUUCCAGAAACCAUGCACAGAUCUCUAGCCAGGUUUCGAUUGCGGUCCAUUGCAGAUUCGUAUUCAGACCUCCAUAGACGAAGAGUUGGUUCCGAGAGACUGUGCAGUUCUCAAGCACCUAGUACAUCCUCAUCAGGUCAAGAUGCAUUGUGGAAUGGAGCAGUUUCGAGUGCGAAUAUGUUGCAGAAGAAAAUCAUUGAGGCUCUACACGCCGGGGAAAGAGACGAAGCCUCCAAGCUGCUUUUGAGUCUAAGCCGGGGAAAUGACUUGAAAGGAGCUAAUGAUUUUGUGCAUAUUCUACGGUACUGUGCUACGUCGCCUGAUCCUUUGUUUGCUAUGGAAACUUGGAAAAUAAUGGACGAGAAAGAGAUUAGUCUGGAUGACAAAUGCUCCUUGUCUAUGGUAAAAGCUCUAUGUAAAGGAGGAUACUUGGAGGAGGCAUUCAACUUGAUGAAUUUUCUUCGACAAAGUCAUGCUAUCUAUUCAAUUUUACCUGUCUACAACACUUUUCUGGGAGCUUGUGCCAAAAUGCAAAAUAUGGUUUAUGCCAAUCAGUGUUUGGAAUUGAUGGAGCAACAAAAAGUGGGGAAGAAUGAAGUCACAUACACACAACUUCUCAAGCUUGCAGUUUGGCGGCAAAACCUGUCUGUAGCACAUGAACUUUGGAAGGACUAUAUCAAACACUACAGUCUUAGCCUUAUCCCUCUGCGAAAGUUUCUUCGGUCAUUUAUUAGAUUGGGAGAUUUAAAAUCUGCAUGCAAGACAUUGCAAUAUAUGGUGGCUUUAGUCAUCAGAGGAAAGACUUCUGUCGGUGUGUCAAGAGAAGGAAGGUGGUAUUGCUCAAGAUUGGACAUUCCUAUACCUCUACACUGUGAUUUAGACUUGAAGAUACUGAAUUUGGAGGAGAAUGAACAGUCUGUCCCGUCCAGCUACCGUGAAAUUUUGGAUGGCCAUGUUGAUAGUGCAGAUCAAUGCACCAGAUCAGGCUUGGGUAUUAUAGAAACUGAGAGUGUUCAAGUGGAUGCUCUUGAAAGUACCCCUGACAGGGAGCUUUUGGGAUAUUCGUUCCGCGAUUUGAUAUACGCAUGUGCCAAAUCAAAACAUGGUGACCUGGCUGAGCAGUUAGCCCAACAGAUGCAAAAAUUUGGAUUUCAAUUAGGGAGCAAUGUGUGCGAUGCUUUAAUCAGAGCAAUUGUUCCAGACAGAGGUUUCAGCUGUGGGAUGGAAAUUUUGAAAAGUAUGCAGCAUAGGAAGUUGAAGCCAUAUGAUAGCACUCUUGCAGCCCUUUCAAUAGGCUGUAGCAAGGCAUUAGAGUUGGGUUUAGCUGAGACUCUGCUGGAUCAAAUAUCUAUAUAUUCACAUCCACAGCCCUUUAAUGCUUUUCUUGCUGCAUGUGACAUUCUGGGUCAACCUGAAAAUGCUGUGCGAAUGCUGGCUAAAAUGAAACAUCUACAUGUCACGCCAAAUAUCCAAACAUAUGAGCAGCUGUUUUCCUUAUUUGGUUCUGUACAUGUCCAAUAUGAAGGGGGCAACAUGUUGUCACAGGUAGAUGCUGCUAAACGGAUUAAAGCUAUAGAAGUAGAUAUGGCGAGCUAUGGCAUUCAGCACAGUGCUUUGUCAAUGACUUACUUGCUGAAAACCCUUGGAGCAGAAGGGAUGACGAGAGAGCUGAUCCAUUAUUUACAUGUGGCAGAGGAUCUUUUUUGUCAUAAUGACAUGUAUCUGGGAACACCUGUCUAUAAUACAGUGUUGCAUUCACUUGUUGACAGUGAGGAUAGACAAAUGGCAGUUAAGAUAUUUAGAAACAUGAAGUCGUGCGGUUACCCGGCAGAUGCUGCAACUUAUACUAUAAUGAUCCAGUAUUGUAAAGUUCUGAAAUGUUACAGAUCUGCCUGUGCGUUGGUUGCUAUGAUGUUGCAAGAUGGCUUUAAACCUAAUUCAGUGACUUACGGUGCCCUCAUAAAGACUUCGUUGGAAGGUGGUAGCUAUUAUAAAGCAUUAAAUAUCUUGGAUCAAGCUAUCAAAGAAGGGAAUAAACUCGAUACUUUAGCAUAUAAUAUGAUUCUUCGAAGAGCCUCUGAUCAGGAACUGAUUGAUGUGGUUGAGUUUGUUGUCGGGCGGAUGCAACAAGAAAAAAUCCGGCCAGAUUCGUCAACAUGCUCUCAUGUUUUCACUGCAUAUACCUCCUGUGGUUUUCACAGCACGGCCAUGGAAGCAUUGCAAGUUUUGAGUAUGCGUAUAAUAUGUGAUGAACUUUCCAAAAAAGACGGAGGCUUUCCAAAAAAGACGAACUUUGAGGACAGCUAUAUCUUUGCUGAAGACGAGGGAGCUGAAUCCCGUAUAUUCAAGCAUUUUAAAGAUUCUAAAGGGGACUUUGCUGUUGCCCUAUUGAAUUUAAGAUGGUGCGCGAUGCUUGGCUUCCCAAUUUCUUGGUUGCCUGAUCAAAGCCCAUGGGCAAAAAGAAUUGCUACUAAUUAUACUACUGCCAAAGUAGAAGGGAACACUUUUCGCAUGGCAUCCCUUGCUUGCUGUAAUACAGGCAGAAAAACCUCCUCGGCUUAAAAAAAAGGCACCCAUCAGCCUUGAUGAGGCCACACUGCAACUAACCAAUUUUAGAUAGAUAUCACUAACCAGGAAGGUCAUAUAUCAUUUCAGUGGUGUGAUUUUUCUUAGAUUUGUUGUAGGCUAAAAAUAGGUGAACCGAGCAGAGAGGAGAAUCAAUAUUUAGGCAAUUUUUUGUUGUACAAUUUUGGCUCGGUUGUAAUAAUGUAUUUUAAGGGUUAUUUGUUAACCUGUUAGCUACU